GAAGAGGAAUGUUGGUUAUGAAUUUAUAUACGUUAAAUAACUUUAAAAUUAAAUUUUGAAAAUGUCUUACAAAAUUGACCCUAGAGAGGUAUUAAUCUACCUCAACGAACUUGGAUACACAAAUAUAAGUGCUCAACAGUUAAAGGAAUUUAUUUUAGAUUUAAAGAAAAUAAUAAAAUAUGAACAGAGGAAACAUAAAACACUGGGGCACGAUUUUGGUAUAUCUGAUACUUACAAAUACAGUACACCUAUAUAUCCUGAACCCAAAUUAAAACCUCAAAUGUAUCAAAAUAAUGAUAUUUUCGAAAUGCUUCAUAACCAUCCUACACAAGCAUCAAAGGCUAAAAUGGUUGAUAAAAUAAACAGACAAAUUGCAGUUCAUAUAACACAUGCAAAAAAGAAAAAUAUUGACCACGAACAUUGUGUCCAUUUAGAAACUGAUGUACAAUCAAACAUUUGUAAUUGUAGAAAACCUUCAGAAAAUGUACAAACUACAAGUAGUGAAAUAGUGAGUAAAGAAGAUAUACAAACUCAAACUGAUAGGUCAAAACCAAUGUCAGGAUCAUCAACAAAUAAAUCCAGACCCACUUCCAACCAGGCUUCCUCUGUUCCAAGUUCAAAAUUAAGAAAAUCUAAAACUGCAGUCUUGAAGAAUACAUCUUCUGUUAAAUCUUUGAAAAAAUCCGAUCCUGUGGCGUUAUACCAUCAGUAUCAACAAGAGUGGAAAAGUGUGAAAUUUCCAGGUGAAGACAACCACUUAGAUCUACGGUGGGCAGUUAGAGAAAAACUUAUAAAUGGACCUCCAGUAGAAAUACCUCUGAAGAAAAGUAGUCAUAAGAAAAAAGUAUUUUAAUCUUAAGGUAUUUUGACGAUUUUUUUUAAAUAAAAGCAAACUAAUUUAAUGUAAAUAACCUUUUUACAUAUUGUAGUUUCAACAAGUUUUUAUAGUAAACUAUUCAGUUCUUUAAUUACAAAAAUAAACACAAAUUAUUGACAUAUGUAAAUAAAAAAUGUGUGGUUUAAUUGAUUUAACAAAAAUUCUUUUCUAAAUCACAUAUGUCAACUUCCCCGUGCUCCUACCCUAUGCUGUUUCUAUAGCCAAUCAGAUAACAUAGAAUAUGUUCUACAAAACAAUUUAGAACACUUAAGAAGUCUCUUGAAUAUUCUAUAACAGCAUAACUGCAUACACAAUGGCCCGAUUACAGGGUAAAAAAGAAUAAUGUACCAAGUUGUCCCAAAAUGUCAGCUAAUAUCAAGAUCUGAAUAACAGAAUUAGAGGGGGUUCAGCUAUUUAGCUUUUUUUGAGAAUUCGCAGCAAUGUUGUCCUGAGAUUUGGCGCGAACGGUAACUGGAUUGUAUCUAAACACUGUGCGAGUUCAUAAACUUAAAUAAUAAGGGCUAACAAAGAGUUACAUAAAGGUAGGUUUUUUCUAUCAAAUAGUACUGGAUUAAUAGAUUGUGUUACUAAAGUUUAUAGCGGUAACAUGCGUUAUAAUCACAGCCUGUAUUUUUGUAAGGUUAUGUAGCUAUGUCUCCUUAAGCCGUUACCGUAUUUGCAAUGUUGCCAUAUUUAAAAUAUUUCAAAUAAUCGUCGACAUAUUUAUUUUGUAUUUGAAAUUGGACAACAUUGCACGAAUAUAACUCAAACAGAGUUAAAUGAUACUAAGUGUCUCUUAUUUUACCCUCCAUUAACGUAUCGUCGCGGAUCACUUAAUUCUUGUCUUAUAUUAUAGUGACUGUGAAAAAUCACUAAUUUACUCACUUAACUUCAAUUUAUUAUUGUAUUCGUUAAGUUUUAUUGUACACUGACCGCUCCGAAUGGGAACCAACGUCAUAGUUGAGUGAUUCCAAGUGUCUCUUAGACAUUUGAAGUUUAAUUAACGUAUCAAAUUACUUUUAUUUUAUAUCAAUGUAACUGUAACGACCAUAAAUACAAUUAUUUAUAGCUUUAUUCACAAUAGGAUUUUGGUAAUUAAAGCGGUUUGUAAACAGAUACGAGGUUCUUGAUAGUUUGGCAUUUGUUGAGUAUGGUAGUCGGAUUAUUGAAACCAAGUUUAAUUAAUUAUUUCCUUGCGUAAUAAAUAGUUUUCUACAAAGUAGUUUGUUUUAAUACAGAGAAUGUGGUCAAACAUCAUUGGUUAUCCCGAAGAUACUUUACAGUUGGCAAACGCAUCCCUCAUUUUUAAUAUAUGUUUUUAUUAAAUGUGAUAACACAUUCUA